AUGAAAAAAUAUGCAUUUGGUCAAAGUAUGCAAACUAUAUACGUCAUGUAUGUAAAUGAGGAAUUGAAUAAAGUUGCUGACCGUGGAUUGGAGGCAGCUUUAGAAUACGUUUCCAAAACACCACAGCUUGGAAUGAAAAUUGAAUUAAAACGUGACUUAGGCAACCGUAUUGAAACUUUAGGAAGACUUGCGUCUCUUUGUACAACUUAUAACAAAUUAGUUAAUGAGGAAACACCGCCACAUGUUGUCUUGGAUAUGACAAUGACUAGUUAUGCAUCCGAAACAGUAAAAGCAUUCACAUCAUCUUUAUCAAUACCAACAAUAACAGCAUCAUUUGGUCAAGCUGGUGAUUUAAGAUUAUGGCGAAAUUUACAAGAUGAAGAAAAAAAUUAUCUUGUACAAAUCAUGCCACCGGCUGAUGUAAUACCAGAAAUUAUACGAACAAUUGUUCGAAAACAAAAAAUUGCUAAUGCAGUCAUAUUAUUUGACGAUUCUUUUGUUAUGGAUCACAAAUAUAAAUCACUUUUACAAAAUAUUCCAACACGGCAUUUAAUUACUCAACUUCAUGAACCAACUAAAGUUAAAGAACAAUUACAACGAUUACGUAAUUUAGAUUUUGUUAAUUUUUUCGUUUUGGGAAGUUUAUUUAGUAUUAAAAAUGUACUAGAUAAUGCCGAUCAAAUAAAUUUUUUUGGUAAAAAAUUUGCAUGGUAUGCCAUCACUCAAAAUAAAGGUGAUUUGAAAGCGAAUUGUAAAAAUGCCACGAUUAUUUAUGUAAAACCAAUACUGGAUCCUAAAAGUUUAGGUCAUUUUGAAAAUAUCAAAACAUCAUUCAAAUUAAAUGAAUUAGAUGAUCAACCAGAGAUUGCUUCAGCUUUUUAUUUUGAUUUAUCUUUACGUACAUUUUUGACUAUUAGAGAUACGCUCAAUAAUGGCUCCUAUUUGACAAAUUACACUUUUCUAGAAUGUGGUGAUUUUGAUGGUCAUAAUACACCAACUCGAUAUGGUCUGGAUUUACGAAAAGCAUUAAAAGAGAACCGAAGUUUGAUGCCUACAUAUGGUCCCAUAAAUGUAACAUCAAAUGGUGAAAGUCAAAUGGAAUUUACGAUGCAGUUAACAGCAAUCAGUAUUCGUGAAGGUGUAAAUGAAAAUAUCAAAUUUUUAGGAACUUGGAAAGCUGGAUUAAACAAUGAAUUGAAUUUAGUCAAAGCGAAUGCAAUGAGUAAUUAUACAGCUGAUAUAGUUUAUCGUGUCGUGACAGUUUUGCAAAAACCUUUUGUAAUGGUAGAUGAAAAUGCACCGAAAAAAUAUUCCGGUUAUUGCAUCGAUUUAAUUGAUAAAAUUGCUGAAAUAUUAAGAUUUGAUUAUGAAAUUUACACUCAUCCUGAUGGAAAAUUUGGUAAUAUGGAUAAUGACGGUAAUUGGAAUGGAAUCGUACGGGAAUUAAUAGCCAAAAAAGCCGAUAUUGGUUUGGGAUCAAUGUCAGUUAUGGCAGAACGUGAAAAUGUCAUUGAUUUCACAGUACCCUUCUACGAUUUAGUAGGUAUUACUAUUUUGAUGAAUAAACCUAAAGAUCCUACUUCACUGUUUACAUUUAUGGCUGUUUUGGAAAACGAAGUAUGGCUUUGUAUUUUGGCAUUAUAUUGUUUUGCUAGUUUUCUAAUGUGGGUGUUUGAUCGUUGGAGUCCGUACAGUUACCAAAAUAAUCGGAAAAAAUAUAAAAAUGAUGAAGAAAAACGGGUAUUUAGUGUGAAGGAAUGCUUAUGGUUUUGUAUGACAUCGUUAACUCCACAAGGUGGUGGUGAAACUCCUAAAAAUGUAUCUGGUUGUUUAGUCGCUGCUACGUGGUGGCUUUUUGGAUUUAUUAUUAUUUCUUCUUAUACGGCAAAUUUAGCAGCAUUCUUAACUGUAACUCGUUUAGAAACACCAAUUGAAUCGUUAGAUGAUUUGGCAAAGCAAUAUAAAAUACAAUAUGCACCACUAAAUGGAUCUGCUGCGAUGAUCUAUUUUGAAAGAAUGGCAAAUAUUGAAGCAAAGUUUUAUGAAAUUUGGAAAGAUAUGAGUUUAAACGAUAGCUUAUCACCGGUUGAACGGUCAAAAUUAGCGGUUUGGGAUUAUCCAGUCAGUGAUAAGUAUACAAAAAUGUGGCAAACUAUGAAAAAAGCUGGUUUACCAAAUACAUUAGAGGAAGCGGUUGCUAAAGUUGUAAAAUCUCAAUCAUCAAGUGAUGGGUUUGCUUAUUUGGGAGAUGCAACUGAUAUACGUUAUCUUCAAUUAACCAAUUGUGAUUUACAAAUGGUUGGUGAAGAAUUUUCUCGUAAACCGUAUGCAAUUGCGGUUCAACAAGGAUCUCCAUUAAAGGACCAAUUUAAUACUGCUAUUUUAGAACUAUUAAAUAAAAGAGAACUAGAAAGGUUAAAAGAAAAAUGGUGGAAUAGUAAUCCCGAAGCGAAAAGCUGUGUUAAAAACGAAGAUAAGACGGGUGAUGGCAUUUACAUUGAAAACAUAGGAGGUGUUUUUAUUGUUAUCUUUGCUGGGGUUGGAUUGGCUUGCAUUACAUUAGGCUUUGAGUAUUGGUGGUACAAAUAUCGAAAAGGAUCAUCGAAAGGAAUUGAUGUACAAGAGGAGAAUUCGGACCCUACAAAAGCUUCAAAUAUACAACAAACAGAACGUGGUUUGGAUCCUGAUAUGAAUGUUGGUUUUCGAUCACGACAAAUUUAUCCACAAGAAAUAGCAACUAAUGACUGA